AUGGAACCGUUGAAACAGUCUGCAGAAGCUAUCAGAGAGAUUGCAAAGGAAAAAGAUCUUGCAGACGCUUUAGAAGAAGGAGGCUGUGAUCUUGAAACUGUGAGAAAUAUCAUUCAAGGAAGGCAGUUGCCUGCUGAUCUGAGGGCCAAAGUCUGGAAGAUUGCACUUAAUGUUGUAGGAAAGGGGGACAGCCUAGCAUCCUGGGAUGGCUCUUUAGACCUACCUGAACAGAGUAUAAUUCAUAAGGAUUGCCAAGAGCUAAUUGACCAGUUGUCAGUGCCAGAAGACGAGAAGUCAGUACUACUUUUGGAUAUAGAGUCUGUUAUUACUUUUUAUUGUAAAUCACGCAAUGUUAAAUACAGUUCUUGCCUUGGCUGGAUUUAUCUACUCAAACCUCUGGUGCAACUUCAUUUGCCACGAAGUGAUUUGUACAACUGCUUUUAUGCUGUCAUGAAUAAAUUCAUCCCAAGGGAUUGUUUUAUGAAGGGAAGACCAUUUCAUCUGUUUAGACUGCUUCUUCAGUAUCAUGAGCCUGAACUCUGCUCCUUUCUUGAUACUAAGAAGAUGACUCCAGACUCAUAUGCACUCAACUGGCUUGGAAGCCUCUUCUCAUAUUACUGUUCAGCAGAAGUCACUCAGGCAAUAUGGGAUGGAUAUCUACAACAAGCAGAUCCAUUCUUUAUUUAUUUCUUAAUGUUAAUUAUCCUUGUCAAUGCAAAAGACGUUAUCUUAGCACAAGAAUCAGAUAAAGAAGAAAUGAUAAAGUUCUUGGAAACUUCACCAGCCAAUCUUGAUUUAGAAGAUAUAGAAGAUCUCUUCUCUUUGGCACAAUAUUACUGUAGCAAAACUCCAGCUUCUUUCAGGAAGGACAACCACAGUCUUUUUGGCAGCAGCUUGCUGGGCCUCAAAGAUGAUGACACAGACUUGAGCCAGGCUCUCUGUCUAGCAGUUUCCGUGUCAGAGAUUCUUCAGGCAAACCAGCAACAAGGAGAAGGAGUAAGGUUCUUUGUAGUGGAUUGUCGUCCUGCAGAGCAAUACAAUGCUGGGCAUUUAUCAACAGCAUUUCAUUUAGACUCAGAUUUGAUGCUUCAAAACCCAUCAGAAUUUGCUCAGUCUGUAAAAUCCCUAUUAGAAGCACAAAAACAGUCUAUUGAGUCUGGCUCCAUAGCAGGUGGGGAACAUCUCUGCUUCAUGGGAAGUGGCAGGGAAGAAGAAGAUAUGUAUAUGAACAUGGUGCUAGCACACUUCUUACAG